AUGGACUCCGACGAAGUUAAAGCAACCGUUUCUGAGAGUGAGCAUUCUGAAAAGUCCAAACACAUUUUAAAUGUUGACUUGAACGACUGUGAGGAUCCCGACAGAAUACAUACGUUCAUGGGGUUGUCGGGACUCAAAUUGAAUUACGCAGUUUCAGUAUUUGCUGGUGUUGGAUUCUUGUUAUUUGGUUAUGAUCAAGGGGUUUAUGGAAGUUUACUAAGUCUUGAUUCAUUUGAGAAUACUUUCCCUUCAAUGAAAGCCAGUGUCAAUUCAACAUUGCAAGGUGCUGUUAUUGCUGUUUAUGAACUAGGAUGUGGAUUUGCUGCCUUGUCAACUGUUUAUCUUGGUGACAAGUUGGGUAGAAUUAAAUGUAUGUUCUUAGGUUGUGUAAUUGUUGUGAUUGGCGCUGCGUUGCAAGCUUCUGCAUUUACAGUUACUCAUUUGGCUAUAGCAAGGGUUUUCACUGGGUUUGGUACCGGCUAUUUGACUGCAACAGUGCCGGUUUGGUCAUCAGAAAUGAGUAAAGCGAAAUCAAGGGGUAAAUUGAUCAUGAUGGAAGGUAGUUUGAUCACAUUAGGUAUUACCAUUUCAUAUUGGGUUGAUUUUGGGUUCUAUUUCGUUGACAAGGGUGGUGAUCCUAAAGCUAUCUCAUGGAGGAUUCCUGUUGUGCUUCAAGCCAUAUUCCCAAUAUUUUUAAUCAUGUUUGUUUUUAAAUUCCCCGAGUCUCCACGUUGGUUAAUGGCAAAGGGAAGAGUCAGAGAAGCAAGAAUUGUUUUCAGUGCAUUGUACAAUGUUCCAGAAGGAGAUGAAAAGAUCACUGACCAAUUAACUGAAAUUCAAAGUGCCAUCGAAUUGGAGAAAUCCAGCGACGAGGGUUUUAGUCUCAAGGCAUUAACUAGUCAGGGGCCAACAAGAAACUUUCAUCGUUUGAGUUUGGCCUGUUGGUCACAAAUAAUGCAACAAAUAUCAGGGAUCAAUCUAAUCACAUAUUAUGCUGGAACAAUUUUCCAGAAUUACAUUCACAUGUCGCCGUUCAAUGCAAGAAUCUUGGCCGCUUGUAAUGGUACUGAGUACUUUUUAGCCUCAUUAUUUGGUAUAUUGUUCAUUGAAAGAGUUGGAAGGAGAAAAUUAUUAUUCUGGGGAGCUAUUGGCCAAUCACUUUCCAUGGUAGCUUUAACUGUGGCAGCAUGGAAAUCUCAGGUAGCACAUGACGCUCAGGGGGGAAACAGUACUCCACCUGGAAUCGCCGCUACAGUAUUCCUUUUUGUGUUUAAUUCAGUUUUCGGUGUAUCGUAUCUUGGUGCAACUUGGUUAUACCCCCCUGAAAUUUCAGCAUUGCAAUUGAGAGCUCCAACAGCAGCAUUAUCAACAGCAAGUAACUGGGCAUUCAAUUUCCUUAUUGUAAUGAUCACGCCAGUUUGUUUCGAAAAUAUCCAGUAUUACACGUAUACGAUAUUUGCUGUUAUCAAUGCCUUGAUGGCACCAGCAAUUUACUUCUUCUAUCCCGAAACUUCAGGUCGUACUUUGGAGGAAAUGGACUUUAUUUUCAAUCAAUGUCCUGUCAAAGAGCCAUGGAAAGUUGUUCAAAUUGAAAAGAAUACACCAAGAAGACGUCACGCGGAAAAUGAUUUGGAGAAACCAACCGUUGAGCACAUUGACAACGUGGAUUCAGAUGGUAUUCUUAGUAAGUGA